AUGAGCAACAAAUCUAAACAAUUUAUACCUCCAUACAAGUCUAGCGGUGGCAGCGAUCACUCACAGGGCAGCGGGAACAAUGCCUCAAAUAGUGCUUCUAGUAGUCCCGCUGGUGGUCCUCUAAAGACUACAAAAGAUAACUCACAACAAAGGCAGCAACAGCAGCAACAACAGCCCACAAAGAAACAACGUGUUACAUCGCCUGAUCAUCACCAUGGGGACAAUUUCGACAACAACAACCACAACAACAACACAUCGACUACUGCUGCUCACCAUUCACGAGUCUUACACAACGCUACAACCUCGAAUCAGACACCAGCACCAUCAUCAGUACCGACCACUACUCUGAAAGACUUUACACCAAUGACCUUUGACAGGAACGCAACUGCAUUGAUGACAAUUCUCAAUCCACUUCAUGUUCAAUUGGGCAACUAUAUAUACAUACCUGAUCCCCCACAGUUCAAGAGAUCAAUGCAGAAGAUCAUGGUAGCAAGCGAAUCAAAGAGAACUGCCUUCCUGGAGGAGCUGAACAACCUGCUUCUGAACGACUUGGCACGGCUAAAGAUUUGUCUGUCACCUGUCAGCUCCUCUCUCAGCGAUCGUUCCACCUACUUCUCAGACAGCUUCAUCAAGAUACUACUCUCUGUACCCAGUCUACAGUGUCAUUUAGUCAAUUUACUGUUGGAGAAGGCGAUGGAAAACAUUCACAAUACAGAUGACACAUUCCAGCAUGCCAAGCAGAUAUAUGCACAAUUCCGAUGGAUGGAGAACCUUCAAGAUAAAGACUUGACAAUCAAGCUUAUCCAACACCUGGAGGUGCUUCAGUGUAAUCCAUCACUGAGGAAGGAUCUGAUCAGUUUCAUGCCAGAGAUUAUCGAUGACUCUGGACACGCAUGCACAGUCGAGGCUCUUUUGAAGAUCAUCGAAGAGGACAGUUCCUACACUAUCACUGUAUUGGACUCACUUGGUAGUUUAACAUUGAGUUCAAAUCUAAAGACCCAAGCAAGAGAGAAGAUAUUCAAGUGCCUUGGCUCAGCAUCAUUGGAGGAGUUACCAGUCAUUAUCAACUCACUAUUACAAUCAAACUCAAAGAAGGAAUCCACAGACACAAUCAAGCAACUUAGAAUCAAUCUACAGUUUCCACCCAAGUUUAUAUACAGCUCGAGCUCACCUCAAAAGUUCAAGAGCAAUGAUCCAAAGAGAUCCUCUGGUGAGUCAUUCGUUGUGGAUUCACUAAAGACCAACUUUAGGUUCAAGAAGGACCUCUGUACAGCAUUUCUCAAAGAGAUCAGUUCAAUCAAUGAUAACUCCUAUCAGGUGAUUGAUAUGUGGCUUUUGUUCAUCAUCUACUCAUUUUGGGGAGCCCCAAAGGACAUUGAGACAUUGUUCAAGAAGAAGAUAUUGAAUGGACAGUUCACCAAGUCCCUGUUGAUGUCAAGCAUAUGCAAUCAUGCCAGUGCACUCAAGGAGUACUCAAAGUCAUUCCUUUCACUCUGCGACUGCUUCUUGCGAUCGUUCGACCCUCGCAUCAGAUCAUUUGGUGUCACAUUCUACGUCUAUCUUUUCAAGUCCUUUGAGGAGCGUUACUAUCAACAGGAUAUCAUUGAAUCACUGAUUACACACAUUGGCAGUGGAAAUGGCAGUGAGGUCGAUGGGGCAAUAGAGGUGCUCAACAUCAUUGCCAAGAGCAGCGUCGAGCAAUUGCUUCCAUACACCUCGUACAUCAAGGGCAUCCUGGAUCACAUUGACUCUUUGGAUGAGAAUCAAAUCAGACAACUGUUUCAAGUGUUUAGACAGUUGGCCUACAUCACUAGGAUUGAGGACAACCCACUCACCUAUACAUUGGAGCCAAACAACUUUAUCUUUGGUGACCUUGAGAUCUUCUCCAGGAAGCAGAUCACAAACACUCUGACCAAGUACAAGAAGAUUGGUAUCAUUGCACUCUGCGCACAGAUCCAACGACUGGCAAUUAUUCCACCAGCCUUUGAGGCAAAGCGUCUUGAGAGGGAGGCCCACAACAAGGACAUCAAACCAAUCGACAUAUCUGAUGAUCUCUACGCCACAAUCAUCUCCAUCCUCGAAACAAUACUAUCUAAUUGCAAGACCUCCAAGUUGGCCACCGCCUAUCUCUAUGAUGAGAUUGUCAACAUCUACACCAACAAGCAACAACAACACUUUAGCAUCAAGGUGGUCAAGUGGGUGGCUGAUCGACUCGAGGCCGAUCUCCGCGACAACUUCCUUCAGGAUCAUCUCUCUCGUGAUGGCGAUGACCUCUGGUUCAAUGAGGAGAACGAGUCCAUUGCCGUGAUCAUCCAUCCCAACCUCGUAGAGGGUGGACAGAGCCGUGAGAAACUACUUUGUCUGUCCAGCCACUUUAGGUUGCUCCAGACCUUUGUGCGAGCCAUCUCGCCGCAGUCCUCUCUCGACCAGAUCGAGACUCUGUUUAUGUGCCCAAUCGCAAUGUUUAGUCUGGACGUAUUCGAUGGUCUCCAGGUCUCUAAAGAAAAGGACACAUACGCCCUCUCACUCUUUUACGCCAUCAACUGGGUCAGGGAGCUACUGAAUGGAUUCUCCACACAGACACUCACACUCAGUCAGAAGAAGCUGCUCAAGAAGAUCGACAAUCUUAUCUGCCUCGAAGAGAGACUGGAGACAGUGCUGUCCCACUGCUAUGCCUUUGUCGUACCCUAUGGUACAUUCAACUCUGAUCAGAGGAAGAGUUUCUCGAUCGAUUUGACAAAGAUCAAGAAGAAGAAGGAGACCAAUCUUCUAUCUGAAGGAGGACUCGAGGACCUACAGCCAUACACAAAGUUAGUAAGGCCACACUUUAGACAUUUGGAUCUCAAUGCCUUAUCAAUUCUCCAGAUGAGUACCAAGACUGAUAGUCAAGAGAAUGUAAUCAUUGACAUGGAACCAAAGGAACUUCACUACCUGCUGGAUGACUUGUACACCAAGUUGGUGAUAUUGACAACUCCAGAAAAGGUCAACCCUCUGAACAACUCUGCACCAAAGCAACAACUUCCCUACACCUUCUUCGAUCUGAUUGAACGAUUGAAUGGUGUGUUCCCUGCAUUCUGCACCUAUCUUGACCGACUGGUCAAGCUUUUGCCAACACUGAGCGACAAGAUUCACACACUCACCCAGCAGCUGGACUCACUUGCUGUUCAGAUCAAGAAGUUAAAUGCAGAGAGCAAGGACGAUAGUGAUGCCCCCGAUAAAAAGGAUCGUGAUAGGCUCAAGAAGACUCAACAACGACUUCAAGAGGAGCUUCAUCCAAAGGCACUUGAGCAGGCCUAUCUGACAUCAUGCUCCAGCAUCAUAUUCAAGUGCUUCGAACAGAUAUUCCUCUAUGUCUAUAUGUGCUCAGAUUCAAACAGCAAGAUGUUCAACCAACUGAUAGCUAGCAUAAUGGAGAACUCAUUUGUAGGCAAUACCAAUGUGGCGCGAACACAACAACCUAUUGGAGUCCAAUUAUUUAGAAUAAUUGGAUACUUUGAAGGGUUCUGGCCCAAGUUCAUCAAGUAUGGUCAGUUCAAACCAUUGUUGAGCCUCCUCCAGUUGUUGAUCGCCUUGUUUGAGAACCCUCUGUUCAGCAAGCAGAUGUAUCUCAGAAAGAACAUUAGCAACUAUGCAUACACUGCCCUUUCAACAAAGUGGCCUCACAAGAUAUCCGUGGCAUCGAUUGGAUUCUUUUUGAAGACAUACUUCCAGUACAGUGAUGACCAGAUGAAUGCAUUGGGCAGCAUGGCAGUCAGCCAUUACAACUUCAUCGUUCAUCAAGACAAUGAGCAGGCAAAGAAGAAGUCACCCAAGAAGAAAUCACCCAAAAAGAAAUCAAAGAAGGAUGAUUCCGACGACCAGGAGAUGGAGGAUGAGCAGCAGGAGGAUGUGGAUGACAACGAGUCGCCAGCCAUCAUUCUCCCAAUGUUGACAAACUCAUCAUCCAUCGUCUUCUUCAAGACGAUAUUCGCUCAUCUUACAGAGUGUCUUGUCAAUUUCAAGUUCUCCACAUCAAGCGACCCAGAGGUGAUACUUGCUUGCCUGGACAGUUCUAUCAAGAUCUUUGUCAACUUGGUCAAUUUCACAAAGAGAAGAGAGAACUUGUUCCUUGUAGAGUCACUCAAGAAUGGAAAGGAAUAUAUUAUCACAUUCACCAAGCAGGUGAUGCCAGUACUCAAGGAACUCCUACAGUACAACACCAAACGAACCAUUGAGAUGAUAAGAGCAUUCCAACAAGGAACACGAACACUACAGCACAUUUGUACACAUGGAAAGAACAAGAAGGAGACAGCCAUCACCAGAUUGGUACCAGUGGUCAAGAAGGCAGUUGAAUCAUUCCAGGUCGCAGUCAGACUGGUCCUCACAAAAAUGGGCUGUCUCAACGCAUUUACAUCAGGUACUCUCCAGAAGAAGGACUUGAAGGGUGGACAGAUGAAGGAGGUUGAGGAGGAAGAGGAGGAAGAGGAGGAACCAGAAUCUGAUGAAGAGGAGAAGAUGAAGAAGAAGAAGAAGAAGAAGUCGAGCAAGGAGAAGAAAGAGAAGAAAGAGAGGAAGAGUAAAGAGAAGAGUGGAAAGAAAGACAAGAAGAAAGACAAGAAGAAGAAAGAUAAGAAAAGACAAGAAGAGGAAGAAGAUCAAGUUGAAGAUGAAGAACAAGUGGAAGAUGAAGAGCAAGUGGAGGAUGAAGAGCCAUUGGAUGAGGACUCGAUUAUGGACGACGAAGAGGAGAAUAACACGCUUAGGCUCACACCUCUGACUAGAAAGACGUCAGUCUCUGAUAAUGAAGAGAGGAGCAGCAACGAAGACGACGACACUGAUGGUGCAGGCAUUGGUGAAGAGGCCGAGGAAGGCGAUGAGGAGGAAGAUGGCGAACCUGACUCUGAGGGUGAGGGUGACAGUCUGCACUCUGAAGACGACGACAACGAUCAAGAUGAAGAUGAUGAAAUAGAAGAAGAAGACGACGACGAACAAGUAGCCAACGACAAAGAGGACGAUGAUGACUCUGAGGAAUUUGAAUUCAACAGUGAUCAGGAAGAUGCAUCCUAG